GCUUCGGUGUGAGGUUGAUGACAGAGCCAUGGCUUCCAAGAUGAAGCGGCCGAGCAGCUCUUCUUCUCUCCCAAGCCUCCUCCUCUCCUCCCUCAACCUCUUCCUCCUCGUCCUCGCCUCGGCCUCCUUCUCCCCGGUCUUCCUUCUUAGGACCUCCCCGACCUCAUCCGGCUGGGCCCUCGUCGCGGUCUCCUCCGCCACCGUCGUCUCCUCUCUUCUGGGCUUCUUCUCCCAGCUCACCCACCUCUGCUUCCUCGCCCAUGUCUCCUUCGUCCUCGCUUCCUCCGUCGGCCAGGCGCUCGGCUUCCUCGCCCUGUUCCUCCGCCCCGACCCCAGCCUGCAGCUGCUGGGCUCGGCCAGGAGCAGAAGGGAGCAGCGGGCGCUGGCGAAGGUAGAGGAGGCGCUGCUGCUGGGGAUGUUCCUGGUGCAGUCGCUGGAGCUGGUCGCCGCCUGCGCGGUGCAGCGGUGGUGGGCGCGGCAGUUCGAGGAGGUGGAGGCCGAGCGGGAGGCGUCGGUGAGGAAGCGGAGCCGGAGGAUGGCCCGGGUGCAGGAGGAGGCCAUCGCGAACGCGGCGGCCAUGGCGGAAGCCAAGGCGAGGGAGUUGGAGGAGAAGAUGAGGGCGAACAACAAGGGACAGUGGGUGAAGAAUGAUUUCGAAGGAUAAGCGAUGAGAGGGGCUUACCGUAUGGUUGAUUCUAUGGACGUAAUUUAGCAUUGUUUGGUCGAUCACCAUAGGGGUGGCGGCCACCAAAUGCUAUGUUCUCCUCCGUCUUAUAUUCCUACUUGUAUUAUAUUUGCAUUUAUGUUCGUGAUUUGUGGUGUGGGCUUUAUGAGCCCCGCAUUUA